AUGGAUACCACCCCCAUCAUUGAUAGAUAUAAGACGUCUGACGGUGGUAUGGCUCCAUGCCCCCCUGAUGCCGAUCUCAUGGCGGCAAUCGACAUGGUUCUCCAUCCGGUUGUGGUCCAUUCGCCAUUCCGCUAUAUCACUAUCCUUCCUCCAGACCAACGCGGGGAUUUAUAUGAAACUUCUGCGCCAUCAAAUGGACAUGAACUGGUCAUGCCACAUACAAGCCCACCGAAGCCCCUCUCUGGCAUCUUCGCUAGUCGCAUUCAAUUUGCCGUUGAUGUACUCAAGGAUAUUCCCAGAAUGAUGGUUGUUGAUACACAAACACCAUGGUGUCAUCGCCAGCUCUAUAAGAAUAACAUGCCAAAAGAAAUGCAAGGUGGGUGCAAAGGGUACAGAUUAGAUGUUGACGGUAUAUCUGACAGCAUUAUAGAUGCGUUCACCUGCUGUUCUCUCUACAUGACUAAGAAUGAGAUCAACGCUCCAGUACUAAUAUCAAUAUUCGAUUCGCGUAUUAAUGACCUCUUAUCAUCACCACCACCUACAACGCCUCUAGAGCUUCUCGCUCGAAUCCACGCCCUUGUUCUAUAUCUUAUCAUGCGACUAUUCGACGGAAAUACAAGAUCAAAGCCAUCAUCACAAUGCCUAUUCGACGUACUAGAAGUUUCAGUUCAGUCCCUUCUAAGCUGCAUCCAAUUACCGCACCCAUCAGAGCCCCUGGAAUUACUGCCUAUAUCUAUGGACCCGGUGAUGAAUUUCUGGGAUUCAUGGAUCUUCCAGGAGUCAGCGCGGCGCACCGUGAUGAUGGUGUUCUAUUUUGUGUCUAUACAUAAUUUUGUGCAAGGAAGACCGGCCCCGGUCUGUGAUGGGAAGCUAGGACUUGAUCUUGCGUGGUAUCAAUCUGCACAUCUUUGGAAUGCCCAGAGCGCGUUUGAUUUUGCUGUUGCUUGGACGGAGAACCUGCAUUUCAUCGUUUAUAAUGCGGACUUUUCUGGUUUACUACAGGAUGCAAAGCCAGAUGAUGUCGAUCUGUUUGGGAGGAUGCUACUUGUUACGAAAUUUGGCAUUGAUGAGACUAAAGCUUGGUUUUAUGCACGAGGUGGUACGCUGUGA